AUGCAGAUAUACAUUCUAGCACAAGGAGAAGGCGUCUGGAAUGCAAUAGAAAACGAAUGGAAAACCCCAGUCGAUGACAAAGGGAAUGCAAAGCCUAGAAUUGAUUGGAGCGAAGAAGAGAAAACUGAAUAUGACUUUAACUCAAAGGCUAUGAAUGCAAUAUAUGGAGCAGUAAGCGAAGACACUUUUAAACUAAUUGCAUCAACUCGCAUAGCUAAAAUUGCGUGGGGUAUAUUGUGCGACCAUCAUGAGGGAAACACAACUGUAAGACAAUCUAAGCUUCAGAUAAUACAAACUGAAUUUGAAAACUUGAAAAUGGAAGAGGAAGAAAACAUCACCCAAUUCAGUGCCAGAGUCUUAAGUAUAUAUGGAGAUGCAUUCAACCUAGGCGAACCUAUACCCGAACAUAGGAUCGUCAAAAAGGUACUACGCUCACUGCCUGGGAGAUUCCAAAUGAAAGUCACCGCUAUUCAAGAAAAUAAAGAUCUGAAUACAUACAGACUUAGUGACCUAAUAGGAAAUCUUCAGACCUAUGAACUUGAGAUGCUACAAAAUCAGAAAAACAAUGGUAAAGGAAUAGCAUUACAGUCCAGACAAGAAGAGAACUCAGAAACUGAUUCAGAAACCUUGGAACAGUCAAUAGCUCUAUUGACAAAGAAUUUUAACCGGGUUCUCAAAAAGUUCAACAAGACCAGGAAUAAAAAUCUCUCAAACAACCAAGGAAAUUCUGCAAAUCAAAAACCAUUCAAUCCAAAGAGAAGAGAUAAUGCAAUCACAGAAGGAAUACAAUGCUAUGAAUGUAAAGGCUUUGGACACAUUCAAUCAGAAUGUGCCACAUACCCGCUGAAAAGGAAAAACAAGACAUAUAUAACAACUCUGAGCGAUGACUCAGAUAAUGAAGAAGAUGACAACAACACAAACUUCGUAGCCUUCACUGCUAGCCAUGAAGACAACAAUAGUGAUGAUAUGCAAGAGCUACUAGAAGCAUACACUCAACUAAACGCCAAGUGGGAGCAAAUCGUCAAGAAAAAUUUGGAACUCAUGGAAGAUAAUCAUUAUUUAAAAAAUGAAAAAGAACGAUUAGAAAAAUAA